AUAAAGUGGAUAAUAAAAAGAAUUGUGUAGUUAUGUAUUAAUAUUAGUUGAAUAUUGAAUUGUAAAAAGUGUUAUUCCACCCAUAUUCAAAAUGGCAUUCAGGUGGCAGAAAACUGCACGGUUAAUGAAACCAAAUAAAUUUUUCUCAACCGCUGCAGUAGAAUCAGAAUAUACAGCCACUCCUGAAUACCCCCCAAUCUUAGACCUUUCUAAGAAAGAAGUAAUGAAAAGAACUAGACAAGACAGGGAUGAAAAGUUGAAAGAUGUGAAAACGGUGGAAGAAAAACAAAUAAAGCUUAAUAUGCUGAAGUACUGGGGAUUUAAAACAUAUAUGAUGUUAGAGGAUCAUAUCCCUUACAAUAAUUUGACUUUAGCUCAACAUGUAACAAGAACACAUUUAAGCAUAAACCAGGAUCUUCCAAAGUAUUACGAGAAUAUUGGAGUUAAUAGUUCCAUUUCUGAGGGUUUGAAGGAAGAAUUAUUUGAAGCACUUCUUCUGGAAGUUGAUGGAUAUAGAAAAUCUUAUGACUUGAGGAAACAAGAUUUAGAAGCUAAUGAAAUUGAUAAUAUAAUUGGUUCUUGCAUUGUUAGACAGUUGAAUAGAGUAAUCACAAAUAAUUUGUGUAGAUCAUAUGUUCAUCUAAAAGAUGUUCAGAUUGAUUUAGAUCCUAGAAUUGAGUCAUCUUGGUCUUGUGGUGGCAUGGAUAAUCCAAGAUUGAGAAGCAAACCGGAAACAGAGGAUGAAACACCUGAGUCGCGUAUAAAAUAUGCUAAGAAUAGAUUGAUGACAUACAUAGGAAAUCCUUACCUCACCAUGAGAUCCAAGCAACCUCUGCCUUUCAUCAUUUCUGAAGAAGAAGGUACAAAUCCAGCUUUGGAGGUGCCAUUUUGGAAUUAUGAUCCUCGUGUAGUUCUCAUAGCCAUCGAUUAUAGAAGAGUUGCCAACAUACCAGGAUUCUGGCCUGGUGAUCAAUACCGCUUUGGUACUGUUCAGUACUUAAAAAGAGGGCACCACUUGAAUAGAUCCUUUGGGGACCCAGAGGAUGAUGCAGAAGCCCUCCAUCGUCAGGGGAUUUUAGGUUCCUUUGGUUGGCUUAGUGCACAAGCUAACCUCUUAGGCUUCAAUACAUUCAAUGACAUAACCUAUCCUAUGGUUGCCCAAACCAUAAUCACAAACGGACAGUUGUUCUCAUUUUACGCCUAUCAAAUGAAUACCAUGUUACUUCAUUCCGAAAAUAUCGUAGAAAAUCCAAAAAGAAAUGUGUGCUGGGCAACACCAGAACUUAAACUUUAUGAAAAGAUAACAGAUGGGAAAUUAGAGGGUUUCAAUGAGGAUAUUCUCGCGAAGCUAGUGAAAUUUUACGCUAACACUCCUUGUCAACGUUUGGGGGUCAAUUUAACGCCUUAUCUGAGUCCAGACGAGAAGGUCGCUGCUGAUUAUGAGGAUGAAGAUAAAAGAAAAUGGCUUGAACGGGAAUAUAAGUUCAUAACGUCCAAUAGGCCCAGGCAUCAGUUGUUUGAUGAAAUAUACUCAUGGGAAAGGAUUUACAAAGUCGAGCACAAGACUAGACCAAUGGAUAAGAGGAGUAGGCCGUUUGAAUUGAGGCAAAAUCCUGCUAAACGAAGAUACGAUGAAAGGAAGCCAGAAUAUAUACCAAGGAAACUUAGACCAGAUCUACCCAAAAAUAAAGGAAGAGAUGCAAAGGAAUAUUUUCCAUGAAACUUUUUGAAUAAAAAUGUCGAAAACUUCUAGUUAUAUUUAUUAUUUUGAAUCAUAAGUACAAGCUGCAAUAGAAGCAAUAAUUUAUCAAAAUUGGCAGAAAAUGUUGUAUUUAAAAGAGAAUAUCGAAAUUUGUGGAGCCAGAAAUGAGAUUCUAGCGACGGUGAAGAAGUUUCAAAACGAUUCCUUGAAGAAAUUUCAAUAAAAAACCUGUGUUCAA